GCCCCGCCUGCGCGCGGCCUCCUCGGCUCAGCCAUCCUCUUGGCUGCCGCGGGCGGCAAAGCCCACGGCAUCUGCCAUUUGUCAUUCAGCCCGUCGGUACCGCCCCGAGCCUUGAUUUAGACACGGCUGGGGCGUGCUCUGGCCUCACUCUCCGGGCGGGUGCUGGACGGAGGGACGGGGCAGCAGCACUCACAGCCCAGCUGCGCGGGGCCUUGGCGCGCGGGGUGCUUCCCCCGGUCGCCGUCAUGGCCGCAGAAGCGGCACGCCCCAGCAGCCUCGCCUGAGCUCCGGGGGUCGUUGCCCCGCAGGAUUGUUCCUGCCUGAUUCAUAAACAUCGUGAUUGGCUUUUGAUUGCUGUCACGUCUAAUGUGGCUUCUGUCUCGUGUCACAUCUGAAACUCAUCUGUACCUCACUUAGAAAGGUAAAUAUGUCUGUGCCGAACCCUCCAACUCCUGCCCCCCAGCACUCCUGCCAUCAGUCAUGGCUCUGUUCUCAUUCUCUCCUCGCAUUGCAGCACAAACCAGAGCCCUGGCCUCCUCCACAGGAGAGGGGCUUAUGUCCCAGAAGAGACUCUGUGAGAGAAUUUACAUUUGAGGAACUUCAGGCUUUGAGGGGAAAAUAAGGUUGGCGGAUUAAGAUGUGGUCUUAAAUGAAAGCCUGUUUUUCACUCUAAAAAAAUCAAGAGGACACGCUAAGAAUGAUCAUUGCUAUUUAUUUGUCUUAAAUUAGAAAUCAUGGGCAUUGUACAGUUGAUUUUUACUUAUCAUGACUUGCUCACUAGAAACUUCUUGUUCUCUUUCUGUUAUAUUUUAAAAAGGUGUUUUUAAAUGGUUUUAUCUUAAGGAAAUAUUAGGAAAAAAAACUGAGAUAGGGUCCACCAUUUAGAAUCAGAUAUCCAGAACGUAACAUAUGUUACAAUUCAGAGUCUCUAAACCACUCUUCUAAAAUCAUAAUGUGAGAUGAUUCUCAGCUUGCCAAAUUUUCUAGAGUUAUAAAAUAGGUUAUGUCGCUCAAUCCAGUGUUUAUUUGAGGGAAUUCAUGGUUGCCAGGGGCCCAUUAUAUGUCAGAAGCUUUUAUUUCUUAUUUUCUACCACUCAUGGAAAGAUUAGGAUUUGUUUUAACCGCCUAUUUCAAGAUAAUGAUUCCAAAUCCCAGCCUUAAGUUUCAUAUCUAACAUGGUUGUUGUUUUUCCCUGUCAUAUACAUUAAUUCUAGGUUCAAGGCCAUGUCACCCCAAAGCAGCCCUCACUUGUUUUGCAGCUGCAGUGCUGUUGCUUAACCAUAACUCUUGGCCUCUCUCCAGACUUUUUUUUUUUCUUUGCAAAAUGUCCUUGAAGGUCAUAAUGGUGUAUUUUUUAAAAAUUCCAGUUGUCUUUGUAAGUUUUCUUAUAUCCCAUCUUACAUUCGAUUCCCCCCACAAACCUCCCACUAGAUAAACCACUUCUCACUCUAUUCUUUAUCGUGAGGCUGACUUCUAGGAAGGCUGUCCACAGCUGCCUCAGGCGGAAGGCUAACUAGGAGAAUAUUAGGUCGUGUGUUUGGAUUCCUGUUCUCCAAACGAUUCUAAUUAAAACUAGUCCACUACCCCCACCAAUAUGUUCAGAAGGAAAAAAAUGUAGCAAAAUCCCCAAACGCCCUCAAUCGCUUCAUUAUAACAUUUGGGUAACUUUAUGGCACCUGUAGGACCAGUUCAUGCCAGGCCCAUUUGUAACUGUUUUCUCUAGUUAAACAUGAUAUUGCCAUUAAAAUCUCAGUAAAUAGGGUUACACUGCUUAAGAAUCUAGGAAUUUCUCAAAUAUGUGAGAAAAUGUGAAAGCACAGGGAUAGUAGAAAUUUAUUUUAUAAACACAUGCCAGGAGAUGGAAUUGUGUCAUGAUGAUCCACAUUAAAGAAACAUGAUGGAAGCGAAUCCAUUCUGUAUACUCUGACUUUCUAUUAUAUAUAUAUGUGACUCCAAAAAAAGUUAUUCAUGUUUCCUAGUUGUGAGCUUACCCAUCGUGUAAAAUCAGCCCUAACACUUUUUAUUCACAGGCCACAUUUACUUCGUACAUGUACUUUGGACUCGGUACCAGUCAUUGUGCCUCUAAAUAUACAUGUGUUAUGCAUAAUUGUAGAGCAGCUCUGCAAGAUAUAUAGAUAUACCCAUUUUAUGGUGACGGAGACUGAGGCUUAGAGAAGUUAUGCAACUUACCUAAGGUUACACACCUUCCAAGUAGCAGAGCCAGCAUUCGAACUUAGAUCCAUCCAACUCCAAAGCCAGUUUCCUGUACACUAGACCACACCAUCUUUCUACCAGCUAGUUGGUUUUUUUAACUAACUGUAGGAACACAACCUAGUAUUAAGUAGAGUGUGCAUGCCGCAUAGUGGACUGAGGUAGAAUAAAACUCAUUAUUGUACUACUUUUAGGUAAGAAAAUGUAUUAUCUAAGGAAUACCAUUAAAAUUUCCUUACUUCCCUCCAUGAACAAACAAAAGUUAAAAUGAAAUCAGUGGUGGGAUGAAGGGCGUUGGGGAUCAUAACAUAGGAGUGUUAAACAUUAAAAUUAGAAAAAAAAGUACAUUUCUCUAUCAAUGUUUAAAAUGCUAGAAAUUAUGCAGGCUUAUACUAUAACAAAGGAUACUUUAUUUGGGGAAUAACUUAAUUGAUCCAUGAUGUGGCGUUUACCAAGGUAAUUUUUCACUUUUUGUUCCAGGAGUAGGAAUUAGAGGUGGUUCAUAAAACUCACAAUCACCAUGUAAAUUGAAACCACCUUAAGAUCAUAGUCAUCUUAUGUUGUUUCCCUAAAAUGGUUCUCAUUUGCACCACAUAUUCAAAUCAGAGUGCACGAAGAUGUUGUUCUGAGUCAGGGAAGAUUUAGAAUGCUUUGUGAACAGCUGUAUACUGAACUUCAGAGUUCAGUUAUUGCGCUUGUGUGUGUGUAUGUGUGUGUGCACAGUUGAGUUUUUUGUUUGUUUUGCUAUGUGAAUUACUGUUUGGCCAUUUUAAUGUAUAUAACUGAUAAAUCCAGGAGGAUAAUCUGUAUGUCUGCUCUCUCAGUUUCUUUCUAUAACACAAGCCUGAACAUAUUGCUCUCUUGAUUAAAAACUUUCAGUGGUUCUAAUUAGACAAGACUUUUCGUUGCAGUGGACAGAAACCUAAGGGGACCAUUGAAGAAUUCCAAACAGGUAUUUGCAUAGGAAUCAGAGGAGUUAAUCUUGUGAGUAUACUCUAACAUCUGCCCUUGUUUCCUUCCUUCCUUCUCUAUCUGCCUCAGGGUUUUAAAGCAUAAGCCUGCUGCCCUCCCCGCCACCCCACCCCUCUGCCCUAGGUCACCAGAGCCUAAGCAGAGUCCGUGCUCGUCUCUCUAACCGAGCGGUGGCUUUUUUUGAAAACUAGAUCAGCUCCAGUUCCAGCAGUUGCAGCUAGUCUAUAGCACAGAUAUGUGCUGUUCUAAGAUUCUGCACUUUAUUGAGGCACCCCACAAGCCUGCAUUUCACCUCAGAUCGUCAAGUAUGCAAGGAGCAUUACUGUUUUCAUUCACCAUAAUGAAAACGGACUCCAGUUCGCAUUCUGCCAACCUAGAGGAAAUUUCAUGUCAGUAAGUUUUAGGUGCUUCCCCUUCCCCCAUGGAGUGUGUCCUAGGACCUGGAGAUUUUCAUGGCCUCUGGAAGAUGAGGAACCCACUUCUGACCUUCAGUUUAUCAAAGUAGUGAUUUAUUGAAUCCUUGUAGCUGUCUGCCUCAGGGUUGCCAGUGAGGGCUGGAAACCUCCUGCCUCAGCUCUGGCCUCCGGAGGCACACUCUUCACGUAGCUGUCUUCUCAAGGAUUCUACUCAUUGCCUUAGGGAACAGAGGGGUGCAAGGGCCUCUCUUGCUGGGGGCUGGCAUAUCUCCUUAUCAGGCCCUGGGAUGGGGGGGUUGGCCAUGGGGAGAUGGUAGGGAGAGUGUCAUUUUGGCAGCUUCUCCUCUGCUUCUCCUUCUCCCCUCCCAGAAGUCCAGCAGAAUUUCUUCUCUAGGUUUAGAUAUUGUUAACAAAGACAGACUUCUUCAGGAUGCUUCUGUCUUCAGCUGGAUGAAAAUACAAGGGAUUACAAAGGCUGCCACCUGUUUUAAAUGAGCUAGAAAGGAAAAUCACUGGGAAUUCAAACAAAGUAAAAUUCCAAAGUUGUCGUGCUAUCCCAAUUUGGAGGCCCUAAUAAAGGCAAAACAUCACUCGAACAGUAGGUAGCUAUGGGAAUUAAGAGAAGGAAACAGAUUUGAGAGACAAUAAGGUUGUAAAGCUUAAUCUCUGAGAACAAUCUAGACUGCAGAGCUUCUAAGUUUGGAGAGGCUGGAAAGUGACAUGGGAAGAGGUAGACUUUUGACAUGCACCCUGGAUUCACAGCCCAGCUUAACUGCUUGCUGGCUGUAGGAUCAUGGGCAAAUCAGCACAACUUCUAAGACUUAGUUUCCCCAUUAGUCAAAUAGGGUUAAUGCUACUUACUCAUGUGGUUGUUAAGGGUAUUAAGUAAAGUUCGUAAAACAGUAGCCAUCACCUGGUGAGGAUCCGGGAGCCCUGAUGGCUAUUGCAUAACGGUGCCAUUAGAACAGGCAGUGCUGGAGGAGGAGCAAGUCUGCGGGUUAACGUUUGAAGCCCACCAUGUGACCUUGAAGGGGCACUGCAAGGUAUCCAAGAGUUGCAGGAGGGAGGUAGAUGUAUUAGUCUGGAAUUUGAAAGAAAGUUCGGGAUUGAAGAUAGAGAUUUGGGAGGCUUCUGACUUCAAGGAGUAAUUGUAACCUUGGGUUAUGCAUGGGGUCCCCCAGGGAGAUCAUGUAUAAUGGGAGAAGGUAGAAGACCAGCUGCCAGGCCCACAAAUCUGUUCCAACGUCGAGUGACCCCUUAAUACCAUGCCCUUCAGUGUCACCUUUAAAAUGACAUCAUUGCUUGGAGGUGAAUCUGAAUAUCCCACUCAGGGUCUUCAUUUCAAAGAUAUAGUCUCAUUGUUCACCAUGAUCCGUCUUGCUGAAAUAAAAUUUAGUUGUCUGUAAUCCACCAAACCGGGUGGGCUCCUUUCCAUCUGGAAACUAAAACACAUUCGAGAGACUUUACAAAAACAAACCUUGUACAUGGUCAGUCUAGAGGAUUCUUUCACUGAGAACCAGGGCAGACUUCCCAGUGUUUGAGGGUUGCCCAAUUCUUUCCCACUCAAAUCAUUAGAAAUAAAAAAGUCAGUUUGGAGAAUUUGCUUAAGUAAAAUCAGGAGUCGCUAGAAGUGAAUGAGCUGAAACUGGAAGGAAAUCCCUUUGUUCAAUGUGGGUUUCAGUGAAUGCCCAGCAGGCGGCUAAACCAGUUCAUUAAGAGAGAAAAAGACAUGUUCUUAAAUGCUGUUCUCAGAAGCAAAUGCCUAGAAAAACAUACUGUGACAGCAAAAACACAUCCUGGAACUCAUAAACCCUAGAUCUGUGAAACUUUGGUUUUUGUCAUCAACGAAUAAAUAAACUUACCAAAAAAUAUUUCCCCCUUCGUUUAAAACAAUUAACUAAUCUGUUUAGCAUCUGCCAGUCUUCACUCCUAGAAAAAUGUGAUUCUUCUUGUUACUCUGGAACUCGGAAACAUUUAUCUGUAGGAUUGUUUAAUUUUAUAGGGUCAUUUUUAACCACAUACUUAAAAAAGAAUAAUUGACGUUAUGAAAACCCUUUUUUCCCUCUGCUUUAGAAAUUAAAUUCUGACCUGAAAAGCAGUCUGCAAGUAGCAUCCUGUCAAACUAAGAUGUGUUAUUUUUCCUGUCUCUUCUCUGCUUUAUUAAAUCGUCAUAUACUGCACAUGAUUUUCCCCCCAGGUCGGGCCUGCCUCGGGCUCUCUGUUGUAUUGUUAACUAUUUAAGCAUUAGACUGGCGCAGAGAUGGCAGGUGGGAAAAGCUGAGGGACUUGAUCUCCUCCCUGCCAGAGUUCUCCUCUUUCACGAGUGCUGCUUACAUUGAACAGCUUAAGAAUAAGCUCCUGUGUGAGCCCUCGGAGGCCAAGGAGUAUUGUUGAAUUCAGAAAGGAAUCGCUUUCUUUUUGUGAUAAUUUGAAUAUUUUCACAAUGAAGCUAAGCUACUUCACUGCCUGGUUUGCGUACCUCACGUUAUAUGCACCCUUUCCUGGGAAGCAGAAGAACCCCUGCCUCUUUGAAUACAUAAAUUGGUAUUGUUCAUUUGUGAGAUGGGUAGGCGCAAAGGAAGAAUCAUCUGGAAGAAUUUUACUCUUUUGCUUUAAUGUCUUUUUAAAGCUCUUUCAAAAAAACUUUUAUACAAGCCUUUGGAGACCACCCAAUUAAACCACCACAAUAAAAGUUGAGCAUUUUGAGAAAAGAGAUGGACCAUGAAGAUGAUUUGUAAAGUGUUUAUACAAGCAAAACAAGGAAUACGUUGGAAACAAUUUCCCUAAAUGACUCAGACAAAUAACCUGCUCACCUCCAGUUUUUUCCUGUAUUGUGAUGCAUUAUUUUUAAAACAGUUGUCCAAAAAUGGCCUUGAUUUUUCCAUUUUUAACUUCAAAGGAUGUUAUCAUACAAAAUAAAUGGACAUAGCCUUUUUGAUCAAAUUCACAGAAGAAAAUAGGCAAGUGAAUAAAUCACUUAGGUGAGAUAUUAAUUGGCUUUGUUCCAUAACAGAUUUGCCUUUGUACUAGUUAAGAAAAUCCUGAAAAGCUUUCCUGUAAGAGGAGCAAUUGAUUGGAAUAGUCUUGGUAGGAAGAAACCAAGUUUGAUAAUUACUUGGUGAACAGAAAUGCUGGUUUCCAAAUGCUCAUCAGGGUUCAGUGGCACAAAGCUGGCUGUAGACUUGGUUUCUGUAGAUUUGGUAAAAACAUAAAUUCUUGGGGUCCCAGUGAUGCUGUUUUAGUCUGCGCUGAUUUGCCCUGUGGCCACCCAGGAAUCUGUAUUUUUAAAAGUUUUCCUUGCUGAUUCUAAUGCAUAGCCAGGUUUAGUAACCAUUUAAUUAAAUAUUCAAUGUGGAGACUUCAACCUUCUUGCACUGCAAGUUUGAUAAAUCUUUAUUUAUAUGAAGCCCCUUUGUUGAGUGCCAACUGGUUAUUUGCUGACUUUCUUUCAAUUCAGAAUUUGUUUUAGGUUCUGUUAUUGCAUAGAUUUGCAUACCUGUUUUAUGGUAUUUUAAUACUGUUGGUUUAAAAAAAUACCAUUUCCUCUGAGUGCUCUUUUGAAUAUUUUAUGUAAGCAAUUUCAUGUGUUCUUUUUGUUCCACUUGCAGAAAGCAGGGGAAAAGUUGAGAGUUUUUCUUAAUCCAGUUGCAAGUAGGACAAAGGAUAUAAGUACUUAAAGAUCAUCUAUUAAAAUGCAUGAAAACACGCUAGAAAAUCUCCUCUGCACGUCGCCAGUCAUGUGUGUGCUCUAGAAGUGAAGCUCGGGGGUAGCAUAAUGGAGAAAUGUUUUCCUAGCUUCAUUCCCUGACGAUGUACAAGGUCUUUUCUCACAGGUUUGAAUCUUCAGACAAACUUCUGGGAGGACUCAGUCCCUGCCUCGCAGCAGAUGUUUCCUGUCACUCAGUAGCCAAUCCGGGGACCCAGGACAUGCCCCAGCUAUAGUGAUGCAGAUUACCUUUCUGCUCCUGAAUCGCACCUGUGCCUCAGACUUUCUCCCCCCAGCUUGAGACUGCAUGUAAACUGGGAUGUGUGAAAGCAGGAAGCAAAGCUAGUGACAGCUGAGAGGCCCAUGUCUGGGUAGAACCAGGCCCACGAUGCUGCCUUUCCCGUGGUCUGGAGUUCAGCUGCAGGGACUCUGCUGAUGUGCCCAGCACCAUCCUUCUGUUUGUGCUUAAAUGGCACAGCAUUUGGUCAGCACAUCUGAAAAGGAAGGUGUGAGAAGCAAAGCCCAUGGCCACGUUCCCCUGCCAAUUAUGUGGCAAGACGUUCCUCACCCUGGAGAAGUUCACGAUUCACAAUUAUUCCCACUCCAGGGAGCGGCCGUACAAGUGCGUGCAGCCUGACUGUGGCAAAGCCUUUGUUUCCAGAUAUAAAUUGAUGAGGCAUAUGGCUACCCAUUCUCCCCAGAAAUCUCACCAGUGUGCUCACUGUGAGAAGACGUUCAACCGGAAAGACCACCUGAAAAACCACCUCCAGACCCACGACCCCAACAAAAUGGCCUUUGGGUGUGAGGAGUGUGGGAAGAAGUACAACACCAUACUGGGCUAUAAGAGGCACCUGGCCCUCCAUGCGGCCAGCAGUGGGGACCUCACCUGUGGGGUCUGUGCCCUGGAGCUAGGGAGCACCGAGGUGCUACUGGACCACCUCAAAUCCCAUGCGGAAGAGAAGCCCCCUAGCGCAACCAAGGAAAAGAAGCACCAGUGCGACCACUGUGAAAGAUGCUUCUACACCCGGAAGGAUGUGCGACGCCACCUGGUGGUCCACACAGGAUGCAAGGACUUCCUGUGCCAGUUCUGUGCCCAGAGAUUUGGGCGCAAGGAUCACCUUACCCGGCAUACCAAGAAGACCCACUCACAGGAGCUGAUGAAAGAGAGCUUGCAGACCGGAGACCUUCUGAGCACCUUCCACACCAUCUCGACUUCAUUCCAACUGAAGGCUGCUGCCUUGCCUCCUUUCCCUUUAGGAGCUUCUGCCCAGAACGGGCUUGCAAGUAGCUUGCCAGCUGAGGUCCAUAGCCUCACCCUCAGUCCCCCAGAACAAGCCGCCCAGCCUAUGCAGCCGCUGCCAGAGUCCCUGGCCUCCCUCCACCCCUCGGUAUCCCCUAGCUCUCCUCCGCCACCCCUUCCCAAUCACAAGUACAACACCACUUCUACCUCAUACUCCCCACUUGCAAGCCUGCCUCUCAAAGCAGAUACUAAAGGUUUUUGCAAUAUCAGUUUGUUUGAGGACUUGCCUCUGCAAGAGCCUCAGUCACCUCAAAAGCUCAACCCAGGUUUUGAUCUGGCUAAGGGAAAUGCUGGUAAAGUAAACCUGCCCAAGGAGCUGCCUGCAGAUGCUGUGAACCUAACAAUACCUGCCUCUCUGGACCUGUCCCCCCUGUUGGGCUUCUGGCAGCUGCCCCCUCCUGCUACCCAAAAUACCUUUGGGAAUAGCACUCUUGCCCUGGGGCCUGGGGAAUCUCUGCCCCACAGGUUAAGCUGUCUGGGGCAGCAGCAGCAAGAACCCCCACUUGCCAUGGGCACUGUGAGCCUGGGCCAGCUCCCCCUGCCCCCCAUCCCUCAUGUGUUCUCAGCUGGCACUGGCUCUGCCAUCCUGCCUCAUUUCCAUCAUGCAUUCAGAUAAAUGAUUUUUAAAGUGUAUUUUUCGUAUUCUGGAAGAUGUUUUAAGAAGCAUUUUAAAUGUCAGUUACAAUAUGAGAAAGAUUUGGAAAACGGAACUGAGACUAUGGCUUAUUCAGUGAUGACUGGCUUGAGAUAAGAGAAUUCUCGAACUGCAUGUAUUGUGCCAAUCUGUCCUGAGUGUUCAUGCUUUGUACCAAAUUUAAUGAACGCGUGUUCUGUAAUCAAACUGCAAAUAUUGUCAUAACCAACAUCCAAAAUGAUGGCUGCUAUAUAUAAGUGUUUGUCAUAUGGAAUUUAAUCGUAAGCCAUGCUCAUAAUGUUAACUAAAUAACUUUAUGUGGCACUGCCUAGUAAGGGAACUAUGGAAAGGUUUGGAUCUCUCCAAAUUGGGAGAAUUUUAAAAAUAAGAAAAUAACCUUUAUAUGAUAUAUUAUGACUAGGCUGUGUAUUUCUUUUCAGGGAUUUUUCUACCUUCAGGGUUGGAUGUAGUUUAGUUGCUAUUACCAUAGCCAACCUGUAGUUUUACAUAUACAAUUUCUUGUGGAGCAAUAGAGUUCUCCAUUUUACAGAAGCAUUUUAAAUGUAGUUUGAAUAUUUUCCACAAGAUGCUGCAAUGUGAGUUAUCACUUCAUUUAUCUUAAAGACUAAACUGGUUGUCAGCUACAUCUGACAGAAAAAAAAAUCACUGUGUAACCAGGUUAAGUGGUAAAAUAAUCCAGGCGUCAGUCAAAGGCAUUUUGCUGACUAUAAUAUUGAUUAUAUUUUUAACAGGAAUUUAAGAAAAUAUUACUGGAAUUAAAAAUAUAUAUAUUAAACAAGAAUUUUCUUUGCUCUGUCUAGCUUAAACUACUACUCAAGCUGCUUAACUUGUUAAGUAUUGUUUUUAAUCACCAAUAAAUAAGUGCAUUUGUAAUUCAUCAGUUUGUCCUUAUUAGCUUUUAUUCAAAGAGGAUUAUGUUUUACAAUGUAACUAUAAUCUCUUGAAUUUGGUAUCUUAUUAAUGAGUUUUAAAGAUGUAAAACCUAACCUUUUUUAAAGCUCCAUUGUCUUAUGUUUUUAGAGGCUUUCUUUUCCAUAAACAUAUAUCUUACAUAUAAUAAACUUUUCAAAUCUUGCAA